CCACGUGACAAAAACAUGUUCAUGUAAACAGAAGAGCGACGGCGGCCAUUGCUAGAACUCAUGAAGUCCACUUCCUACUUCAUCUUGCCGGUCCUGGCCAACAUCCUGACCUUGUGUCGGGGCUACACUCUGAGGGGCUCGGUCUCCUGGGUGGUCUCCGCCAACGAUGUGGUGGAGGACGCCGACCUGUCGGAGGAGGUCGCCCCGUCCUUGCUAGUGGACGGUGGCGGUCUAUGGAAGCAGGCGUAUCCGUCAGCCAACGUCCUCCGGGACGGCAGCGUGGAGAGCCCCGGGGAGAGAAUGGAGCCUAGAGGUGACUCCAGUGCGGUGCAGCGGCGCUCCCGCCUCUUCUCCUACAGGCGGGAGAAGAAUGAGAAGGCAGCCGGCGGAAAGGGCCCUCCUCCGCACCAGGAGACGGCCAGGACUGCUCGGUACAUCGCGCACAGCAGCGACUGGGGCUACCUCGCCACCAUUUCUACCCAAGACAAGAUUAAAGGUGUUCCUUUUGGGAACAUUUUCUCCAUCAGUGAUGGUCCAGUGGACAACAGUACUGGAGUCAUCUACUUCUAUGUGACCCCCAUGGAUAACACCGUGGAAGACCUGAAAGUCAACCCCUUUGCUUCCAUCACAUUCUCAGAGGCUGAGGGGGAUUUCUGCAGACAAAUGGUGUACGAUCCAGAAGAUCCCAGGUGUGCCCGACUCACGCUGACAGGCAAGAUGGCGGCGGUACCCCCGGAGGAGCUCAACUUUGCCAAGGCGGCAGUGUUCUCCAGGCAUCCCGUGAUGGCAAAGUGGCCCAAGGGACACAACUGGUUCUUUAUGAAGCUGGAGCUGAUCCAAGUCUGGCUGCAGGACUGGACCGGAGGCACAGUGCUCGUUCCGCUGGAGGAAUACUUCAAAGCUCUGCCUUUCUGAGGAUACGACGACCUCUGCAUCACCGCAUCAGUCGGCCUAAAAAUAUCACAGAUGUCUCUUGUGAAUUCCAAGAUAAUUUAUUGCAGAUUUAAAACUGGAUAGAACGAUAUCGGAUAUCACACCUGGUGUAGAGUGUGCAUCCAUCAUCAUUUAUUUUCUCUAUUUUCUAGUGCUGGUCUUCAUUAUUGUGGGCUGGAGAUUAUCUCAGCUGACUUUGGCCAAGAGGCAGGGUAGACUCUGGACAAUGGAGGUUCAAACUCAGAACAGUUUUGCCAGAAACUGAGAUUGUAAGUCUGCCUUAAAUCAUUUUCUUACUUGAAUUAAAGAAUGUUUUUGAACCUA